AUGUCACUGAAAGAAGAUGUAAUGUAUGGUGUAACUGUUCUAGACGACACUACGUCUAUUGUUCGUCAAGAAGCUCCAGAGAUGUUCGCCGCUCUCGCCUCCCUCGUGCUACUGCAGGCUCUCCACGCGUCCUCGGCGGCCGACAACCUCCCUAUGCGACUUAAGUUGCAAGACCCUAGAACCAGUGCGAAAGUAAGUCACACAACUGCUGGUGGACACCUUGCAAUGACUCGUGUGAUUCCAAAGGGGGGGAGACCCACGGGAAGGCUGGCGUUGUCCCCGUCAGUUUGUUAUUCCCCCGGAGAUUGUCAGAUCAUCGCCGUCCUCUGCUGCAGGCUGAGCGAGAAGGGCGCGCCAUUCGACCUGCAGAUCCGCAUCCCCCAGCUGCGCAUUAACGCCGACUACACGUCCUCCGGCGUCCUCAUCAUCAUCCCCGCCUCCGGGAAGGGCUCCUUCCACGCGGCGCUGGCGGGCGUCACCGCCGUGCUGCGCGGCACCACCAGCACCGCCCGGGGCGCCGGCGGCCGCGACUUCCUGCGCGUCGACAAGCUCAACGUGGACCUCAAGAUACGGGACGUCAACAUGGGCAUCAAGCGCGCCUUCAACAACAACGCCAUCCUAACCGAGGCGACCAACUUGUUCCUGCGGAGUAACGGACAUGAGGUCCUGGAGGCCAUGAUGCCCCAGCUCCGCCUUAAGCUGGCGGAGGUGUUCAUGAGCAUCGCCAACAAGCUCCUGGCGAAGGUGCCAGUGCAGUACUUGGUGCGGGAUUAAUCACAUCAGGCCAAGAACGUGAAGAACUUUAGCGAUAAAAACGAAACGAAUAGUUUACUAAAUAAAAAGACUGUCCGGAGGCAACACGAUCGGCUUAGAUCACUGUACAUAUUUUUUAACUUUAUUUCUCCUUGUGAUUUUGAUGUAUGUAUUUAUGAAAUAAAUCUUAGCGGUAUUAUUGUGAAA